AUGUCGUGGUUUUCGAUUCUUCCUGAAAGUCUAGCGUUUGUUGAAGUUUGGGCCAUGAAUACGUUUUUUCUACUGGGCAUAAUAUGCAUAGGACCUUGGUUGCUACUUCUUGUGUAUGAUGCAGUAUUUUACGCAUUCCGCUUAAUGACUUACGAAAUACCUUAUUAUGGUGGACGAGCAAGAAAUAGACCACGACCGCGUGCGCCGAGCUUGAGUGAGCGACCAGGUGGCCAAGGACGACCGAAAAUUCUGAUGAUACCUUCAGCGAAUGGGGUGGUCAAUAUAGCAGGAGUGGUUGAGCAAACAGCAAAAGAAAUGAAGAAGGGAAUGGAACGAGGGGAUCAGCCUCGAGACAGCGGCGCGAUUGUAGACGAUUGA